AUGGAGACUUUGCUGAGGCACCUGGUAGGCACAUUUUUAUUAUUGAAAAAAGUAUAUACUUUUUUCAUAUCUGAAUGAGUAAUUAUUAGUUACAGUUUCCUGUUAUUUGAUCCAAAGGUAACAUAAGCAAAAAUGUAACUGUUGAAAAAUGUAAAAAAAAAAAAAAAAGAAAUUAGCUUCUUAUUACAAACACGUUUAUAGCUAUAACAUAAUUAAUUGCUGUAUGAAAGGGUUAUAAAAUGACAAUAGGUAAAAAUUUGACACAAAUCUAUAAGCACAAUGACUCAGCUAAACAGGGCAGAGAAGCAAUGUUGAAGAGAGGUUACAUAGUAGGCUGUCCAUGCCUUCUCUGUGUCAAUGUUUUUAAAAAGCGUCCACUAUUGAUUGAGAUUAUAUACCUCAUUGACAUUAAAUAUGUGUAGACCUAUAACUUUCAUUGUAAAAUGUUUACCCCGUUUAUGUUCUCCAUUCCAGACCCGUGGUAAUGCUCUAGUCUUCAUAAUAAUUUUGGGUAUUGGCGGAUCUUUUCAAAAUGGGUUCCAUGUUACUGUCAUCAGUUCCCCUUCACCAGUAAGAGACAUCAGCACAUUGAUUCUCCACACACUCAUUUUUAUUAAAAAGCAUGAUACUAAAUAUGUUUGGAUGAGUGUGGAAUUGACCCUCUACUUUUCCCAUGGCAAGAAAUACCUAGGAAACAUAACAUGGUGUUCAAGGUUUAUGAAUAUCUUGUUUUCAUCUCACACAAGUUAAAUCUGCUUAUUCAAUCCUGCUCAAAUGAACACCUAGCCUACUUCACCAGGCUUGUAGACUGUCUGUUUCCUUAACCAUGUCUGUCUGCUUGCAGUACAUCCGGAACUUCAUCAAUAGCAGUUGGAUUGGGCGAUAUGAGGAAACCCCACCGGCACCGACAGUCAAACUCCUCUGGUCAGCUAUAGUGUCUAUGUACGCUGUGGGGGGUCUCUUGGGCUCUAUGAGUGUCAGGUGCAUUGCUGGGAGGUUUGGCAGGUGAGUUGCACUGAUUUGUAUCUGUAUUUACCUCAAUUUAAGUUUAAUAGACUUUUUCAUUCAAACUUUUCUUAAAUUUUUUUUUCAGAAAGAGAGCCAUGAUAUGGAACAAUGUGAUCAGCAUUGUUGCUGCAUUGAUCAUGUUCACCAGUAGGGGGGCAAACUCCUUUGAGAUGAUCCUGAUCGCUCGGUUUCUGUACGGAUUCACUGCAGGUAGGCCUAUGCAAUAUUGCACCUUUAAUUUCAUGCAGAUUAGUUUAAUCUAUGGAUAAUUUAGUCAUGGUAAAAUAGAAUCACGGAAUGGCCUUAUGUCUUACAGUGUUGAUAGCAUUGAUUUUUUAUUCUUGUUUGUGAAUCUCAGGUUUAGGAGCGAAUAUCCAUGCAAUAUACCUGGGUGAGAGUUCACCCAAAAAGAUAAGGGGCAUGGUAACACUAACAUCUGCUACCUUCGUCUCCAUUGGUAAACUGUCAGGACAAUUUGUUGGACUAAGGUACAGUGCUCAUUUUGAAUUUCAACAUUUCACAAAAAAAAAGGCUAAAACACCAAGUAUCACAUUCAACUUAUGGUUAUCAAUGUGUGCCAAAUCAGACAUCCUGAAUAUGCUCUGACGUGAUGCUUUGUCUCAACUUUCUCAGGGGGAUUCUUGGCCGAGAGGAUAGCUGGAACAUCCUACUGUGUGUUCCAACAUGUUUCUCUGUGGUACAGCUGCUAACACUGCCCUUCUUUCCUGAGGCCCCAAGAUACUCAUUGAUAGAAAAAGGCAAUGCAGAGGCAUGCAAAAAAGGUAGUUUGUGUUUCCUCAUAGUCACCGAGAUUGAAAUUCUUGCUGUCCAAAGGGCUUCCAUCCUAAGUAGCAACAAUCAUACUCAGAACAUUGAGUACUGUCCUGUGCAAAUGUAGACAUGAUGUACAAUGCUACAUUACACUGCAUCUAAAUACAUAAACCUGUAUUAUUAUACAUAGCUGACAGAUGGGCCAAUGCCUGUAUAGCUGGGUGCAAAGUUUAUACAGCUGAAGAGAUUUUACUAACUUGUUGUAUCCUAUUCAGAAACAAUAUCUGUCCCUGUGUUGGUGUGUGUGUGUGGUGUGCCAGCUCUGCAGAGUCUGUGGGGCGGGGGUGAGUACAAGCUGGAGAUGACGGAGAUGGUGUUGGAGCAGGCUGCCAUAAAGGGCGAGGCCUCGAAGAGUCUCCUGGAGCUGCUGAGAGACAGGAGCAUACGAUGGCAGCUCAUCACCAUGGUGGUGGCGUACGGCUGUAUCCAGUUCUCUGGCAUCACCGCAGUAAGCACAGCCCCCUCUGUCCUUUAUCUCCUACUGUACCUACAACUGUACAUUCUACAUCCUACUCCUCUUCCCUUCACCCUCAGAUCAGUGUGUUCUCCUUUGACAUCUUCAAGGAGGCAGGCAUCCCUCUGGAUAUGAUCCGCUACGUGACUCUGGGCGUUGGAGUGUCUGAGGUCCUCACCUCCAUCACCUGUGUGAGUGCUGCUGGGGGAACAUGGGCUACACUAUAGGGGCUACACUAUAGGGGCUACACUAUAGGUGGUACACUAUAGGGGGUACACUAUAGGGGGUACACUAUAGGUGGUACACUAUAGGGGCUACACUAUAGGGGCUACACUAUAGGUGGUACACUAUAGGGGGUACACUAUAGGGGCUACACUAUAGGUGGUACACUAUAGGGGGUACACUAUAGGGGCUACACUAUAGGUGGUACACUAUAGGGGGUACACUACGAUAACACUCUGUAACUUCUACAAUGUAUGGUCGUCACUAUGUACCUAGGCUAAAAAGGUUUAAAGUAGAGCCCUUUUUAAUUAAUGUGAAAAUGUCACUCGUUAAGCGGUCAUUAGGCAACCGUGAUAAGGACUAAUAAGCAAAAGUAAUCAGUGAACAGUAGGAGAGUGACCAUAGGGGAAGAAACACUGUCCCCGUGCAGGAAUCCACCCCCUGUGCCUACCGUACAGAAGCUCCGCUACAGGUUGAACAUAUUUGUCACUAAGAUGUGAAUGCCCCUCCUGAGCUCCUAAACAAUAAAUCAUGUGUGAGCUCCUCUGACUCUGCCAUCCCCUGUGCUGCGGGAAGGAGGGAGUGAUGGAUGGGGAAGGUUCCGGAUAAGUUCUGUUGUGUGCAUUCAUCCCCAGGGCCUGCUGAUCGAGAGUGUGGGGAGGAGAGCGCUACUCUGGGGGGGCUUUGGGGCCAUGUCUGCCAUCAUGAUAUUAAUCACCAUCACUCUCAAUCUAAAGGUGAGCCCGUGACCUUUCAACUCUCCUGCACUGUGACAAAUAUACAGUAAGAGGACCUAAGUGAUGAUACAUGGAUGUGUAUGACAUUAUAAUGUGUCCCAAAUCCCAGCAACAGUGGUGGUAGUUCCAUGUGCAUGUAAAACAUACAAUAAAAUAUAAUUGAUUCUGUUCUAACAAUAUUGUUAUAGGAUUACAGCUUCUGGGUUCCAUACAGCACUGUUGGCUUGAUAUUCCUCUUUGUCAUUUUUUAUGGAGGAGGACCAGGUAUGUUUAAUAUCAAACUACGGUAUGGGUUAGUAAUAAUACUAUAACAAAGUAUAGACAAAAUACUGACAUUACAUUGCUGUGAUCAUCAAUGAUGAUUGAUCUGAUGCGUCCUUCCCUGUUGCCUGUGGUAUUCCUAGCUGGAGUGUUGCCGUCUCUCACACAUGAGAUCUUUAUCCAGUCGUGCCGGCCUGCAGCGUUUGUCUUCACUGGGAUCAUUCGCUGGCUUGGCUUUGCUGUGCUGGGACUAGUCUUCCCCUUUCUUAUCGUAAGUCAAUAGACCAUUUUGGAAUUAAGUGUAUAAUUAAGCAAUAAGGCACGAGUUGGUGUGGGAUAUGGCCAAUAUACCACAGCUAAGGGCUGUUCUUAUGCACGACGCAAAGUGGUGUGCCUGGAUACAGCCCUUAGCCAUAGCAUAUUGGCCAUAUACCACAAACCCCCGAGGUGCCUUAUUGCUAUUAUAAACUGGUUACCAACGUAAUUAGAGCAGUCAAAAUAAAUGGUUUUGUCAUACCUGUGGUAUACGGUCUGACAUACCACGGCUGUCAGCCAAUCAGCAUUCAUGGCUCGAACCACCCAGUUUAUAAUUAAGCCAUAAGGCCAGAGGGGGUGUGGUAUAUGGCCAAUAUACCACGGCUAAGGACUGUUCUUAUGCACGAUGCAAUUCGGAGUGCCUGGAUACAGCCCUUAGCCGUGGUACAGUGCCUUCGGAAAGUAUUCAGACCCCUUGACUUUUGCACAUUUUGUUACGUUACAGCCUUAUUCUAAAAUGGAUUAAAUAAAUAAAAAUCCUUAGCAAUCUACACACAAUACCCCAUAAUGACAAAGUGAAAACUGGUUUCUAGAAAUGUUUGCUAAUUUAUUUAAAAAAAUAAAAAAACAGAAAUACCAUAUUUACAUAAGUAUUCAGAACCUUUGCUAUUAGACUCAAAAAUUGAGCUCAGAUGCAUCCUGUUUCCAUUGAUCAUCCUUGAGAUGUUUCUACAGCUUGAUUGGAGUCCACCUGUGGUAAAUUCAAUUGAUUGGACAUGAUUUGGAAAGGCACAGUGCAUGUCAGAGCAAAAACCAAGCCAUGAGUUUAAAUGAAUUGUCCGUAGAUCUCCGAGACAGGAUUGUGUCGUGGCACAGAUCUGGGGAAGGGUACCAAAAAAUGUCUGCAGCAUUGAAGGUCCCCAAGAACACAGUGGCCUCCAUCAUUCUUAAAUGGAAGAAGUUUGGAACCACCCAGACUCUUCCUAGAGCUGGCCGCCCGGCCAAACUGAGCAAUCAGGGGAGAAGGGUCUUGGUCAGGGAGGUGACCAAGAACCCGAAGGUCACUCUGACAAAGCUCUAGAGUUCCUCUGUGGAGAUAGAACCUUCCAGAAGGACAACCAUCUCUGCAGCACUCCACCAAUCAGGCCUUUAUGGUAGAGUGACCAGACGGAAGCCACUCCUCAGUAAAAGGCACAUGACAGCCCGCUUGGAGUUUGCCAAAAGGCACCUAAAGACUCUCAGACCAUGAGAAACAAGAUUCUCUGGUCUGAUGAAACCAAGAUUGAACUCUUUGGCCUGAAUGCCAAUCGUCACGUCUGGAGGAAACCUGGCACCAUCCCUACAGUGAAGCAUGAUGGUGGCAGCAUCAUGCUGUGGGGAUGUUUUUCAGCGGCAGGGACUGGGAGACUAGUCAGGAUCGAGGCAAAGAUGAACGGAGCAAAGUACGGCGAGAUCCUUGAUGAAAACCUGCUCCAGAGUUCUCAAGACCUCAGACUGGGGCGAGUGUUCACCUUCCAACAAGACAACUACCCUAAGCACACAGCCAAGACAACACAGGAGUGGCUUCGGAACAAGUCUCUGAAUGUCCUUGAGUGGCCCAGCCAGAGCCCGGACUUCAACCCGAUCGAACAUCUCUGGAGAGACCUGAAAAUAGCUGUGCAGCAACGCUCCCCAUCCAACCUGACAGAGCUUGAGAGGAUCUGCAGAGAAGAAUGGGAGAAACUCCCCAAAUACAGGUGUGCCAAGCUUGUAGUGUCAUACCCAAGAAGACUCGAGGCUGUAAUCGCUGCCUAAGGUGGUUCAACAAAGUACUGAGUAAAGUGUCUGAAUACUUAUGUAAAUGUGAUAUUUCAUUUUUUUAAAUAUAAAAAUUCUAAAAAUGUAUUUUUGCUUUGUCAUUAUGGGGUAUUGUGUGUAGAUUGAUGAGGAAGAAAAACAAUGUAAUCAAUUUUAGAAUAAGGCUAUAACAUAACAAAAUGUGGAUAAAGUCAAGGGGUCUGAAUACUUUCUGAAGGUUAUAUAUCACAACCCCCCGAGGUGCCUUAUUACUAUUUUAAACUGGUUACCAAAGUAAUUAGAGCAGUAAAAAUAAAUAUUUGGUCUGAUAUACCACAGCUUUCAGUCAAUCAGCAUUCAGGGCUCAAACCACCCAGUUUAUAAUGCUUUUUAUAACGCAUGCAAAGUUUUAUAAUUCUUUCAAAGUUACCAAUUGAGAUGCAAUGACAUUUCCUGAGCACAAAGCACAUUGUUCUUCACUAUGACAGUUUGAUACCUCGGAGAUACCAGGAAUACAGUUAUUCCAUACUUUAAACAUUACAUUGAGACUCUGCAAUUAAAACCUUUCUCUAUCAUCUCAGUAUUACUUUUGUCUCAGCCGGUCUGUGUAAAACAGCAGAGCUCUAAUUUAGACAUAAGUGGAAUUAUAUAAAAUUGAACAAGAAAGGUUUCCUAUAGCCAUGAGUAGAACAAUAGGACAGGACUAUUUAAUCACAGGCUCUCAGCCAACUGUCCAAGUUGUUCCCCUGGUUAUUGUAACUAUAGGAACUCACCUGCCUGCCUCUUCUCUGUACCACAGGAGCUGCUCAAAUCGGUCAGCUUUGUGAUGUUCGCCUGCAUGUGUCUGUUGGCAUCACUCUACAUCUUCUUCUACCUGCCGGAGACCAAGGGGAAAACCCUCCUGGAGAUCUCAGAGGAGUUUAAAAACAUCACACUGUGUGAAAAACCCCUCUCAGAUGACAAGAUCUUGGAGACAAGGUUAUGA